GUGCUCUUUGCUCUGACGCGGCUCCGUGGCUGUCUGUCAGGAAAGACUCGCAGCUCUUCUGCCGGAAUACAUAUCUCCGCAACAGUAAGGCUGAUGAGUCCCUGAACACAGUUUUAAACAUGGACCAUGCACCUUAGACAGUGUCAACCAGCUUUACUGUGUUUUACUUGACAUCGCCCUCAGACUGGAUGACAGGAGAUGAGACACUGCAGCCCUAGACCACAUCAUGAGUAUCCAGAGUCUGGGAGGAGCUUUAGGGGAGUCCCUGGGCUCUAGCCUGACGGUACGUAUGAGCGGAGCAGGUGGUGGGUGGAGUGCUCUAUCCCUGAAACCUGUUUCCUCUGGACGGAUCGCCUCUCUAUUCCAGACCAUGGUACCCACUGGUUAUACCAAGCUGCAGGAGGAGCGGCUGGCCAUGGUGGACCUCGGAGCUAAACCUGAGGCCAGCCCCCUCCAGAACGGCUACAGACAAGAGACAUCUUACGCAGAAAGUCGACGGCACCUGGACCGGGCUUCUCGGUCCUCUGUGACUGUCUCUGACUGUGGAGACGGAGGCUACUCUGAAACAGAGCCCAUGUUGGCUGAGAGGAGGUUUUCUGGGGAGGAGGCAGAUGAAGAGGAGGAGGAGGAGGAUGAGGGUGAAGGGCAGGGAUCUGAUUUGCAGAAUAUGCCCAAGGAGUCACCUCUGGCUAUGGCACUGCAGAUUCUGGUGCCUUUCCUUCUCGCUGGAUUUGGAACUGUGUCAGCUGGAAUGGUGCUGGACAUUGUGCAGCACUGGGAGGCGUUCCAGUACAUCACAGAGAUCUUCAUCCUGGUUCCUGCUCUGCUCGGCCUCAAGGGAAACCUGGAGAUGACUCUGGCCUCCAGGCUGUCCACAGCGGUGAAUGUGGGCAAGAUGGAUUCUCCAAUAGAGAAGUGGAAUCUAAUCAUAGGCAACCUGGCACUGAAGCAGGUUCAGGCCACUGUGGUGGGUUUCCUGGCAGCCGUAGCAGCCGUGAUUCUCGGUUGGAUCCCAGAGGGGAAGUUCCAGAUGAGCCACGCUGUGCUGCUGUGCUCCAGCAGUGUGGCCACGGCCUUCAUAGCCUCCCUGCUGCAGGGUAUCAUCAUGGUGGGUGUGAUUGUGGGUUCCAAGAAGACGGGCAUCAACCCAGACAACGUAGCCACACCCAUUGCCGCCAGUUUUGGUGACCUCAUAACGUUGGCAAUCCUGGCCUGGAUAAGUCAGGGCCUCUACAAGUGCCUGGAUUCCUACCCGUAUGUGUCAUCACUGGUCUGUGCCUUCUUCAUGUGUCUGACUCCUCUGUGGAUCGUCAUCUCCUCCAAGCACCCAGCCAGCCGCACCCUGCUCUACUCUGGAUGGGAGCCAGUCAUCACUGCCAUGGUCAUCAGCAGCAUUGGAGGGCUCAUCCUGGACAAAACAGUGUCUGACCCAAAUCUGGCUGGCAUCGUCGUCUACACCCCAGUUAUCAACGGUAUCGGAGGGAACCUGGUGGCUAUCCAGUCCAGCAGGAUCUCCACUCACCUGCAUUUCCACUGUGCUCCUGGGGAGGUUCCUGACGAGGCCAAAGGCUGCUACUACCCCUGCCGCACAUUCUGUGGUACAGGAGCCAAUCACAGGUCUGCUCAGGUGCUCCUCCUUUUGGUGAUUCCUGGUCACAUAAUCUUCCUCUACACCAUCCACCUGAUGAAGAGUGGCCACACCACACUGACACCCAUCUUCAUGUCUGUGUACCUGGCUGCUGCUAUGCUGCAGGUGUUGCUGUUGUUAUGUAUAGCAGACUGGAUGGUCCAUUCCAUGUGGCGGAGCGGCAAAGACCCAGACAGUUUCUCCAUCCCUUACCUAACGGCUCUGGGUGACCUGCUGGGCACCGCCCUGCUGGCGCUCAGUUUCCACUUCCUGUGGCUGAUAGGAGACCAGGACAGCGAUGUGGGAGACUGAGGCAGCGGCAGCGUGACGGGAACUCUGCUGUCUGCCAACCGACAUCUCACACCUUUAAGCCUUGUGGGAACGUGGUGCUCUCUGUCACCAGCCAGCACAUUCCUCUGCUUCACCGACUGGAUGAAACUUCACUUCAACCACGUGAUGGUUUAGAAGCUUUUUUCUGCUCCGUUUUUUGUUUGUUUUCUACACACAAAAGACAUUAUAUUUCAUAAAUAUAGACUGUUCUCAGUAGCAUUCUGAUCUUCAUUAUUUGCACCAAAGCACUUGUGUAUUAAAUCGCUGGUUUAGUUCAGAGGAGCAGGAAAAACCAGCCAGCACCCACAAUGCUGAGGAAACCUGGCUGCUGUCUACUCUGCCAGCAUCACUCGGAGGUCUUCUCUCUGGCUAGAAUAUAUGUUGGGGAUUUACCACCCAUCGUGUCACAAAAUUUGUUUAUGUAUUAUGCUUUACACCAUUACAUCAGUGGAGGGUCACAGACAGUUGGGGUGGAGGCCAGGUGAGGUGAAGCCUGCCGUUAUUUUGCUUGUUGAACAAUUUUCAUAUGGUUUUGUUUCCCUCUUUCUAACCUGUCUCCUGGUUCUCAGCCUUUUUCACUCUGGGGGCCAAAUCCAGUCUCGAGGACUAGCACUGUAACUGUGUUUACUCUGGACCAAGAGGAGUCAGACAAUUUUAUUCCAAGAGUUAAUAUAGUGAAUGAUGUUUACACAAGAAUGCACACAAAUAUAAGAAAUAAGAAAGAUAACUUCAUUUAAAUCAAGUUUAAAUGUAUCUUUGCAGCCUGACAGCCAACACUUGACUGUACCAGGGCGCAGCCAGUUGUUGAGAAUUUGCUAAACCACCCCCAAACAGUGAUUGUCCAAUCAUAGCUUAGCAGCUAUAACCAGGUCCAGACAUGCUUGCUGUACAGCAUGUUUCAGAUUAGUCCACAUGUUGAAGCAGUGUGCGUGGGGCUGUAUAAAGAGCUCAGAGGGUGGUCUCACCUUUCCAAACCCAAAACACAAGAGCCAAAAGAACUGACAUUGUCUACUCUAAUGUAAUCUGUAAACAUUCACAUCUCCAGCUAAGCAGCCCGUCACUGGUUAGUGAGCAUUACAUAGAUGGCCAAAGGGCACAUCAUAAACUAUCUACUACAGGUAGGGCUACAGGUGACAAUUAAAAAAGCUCUGUUGCACAUCCAUUUUGUAAAAUCAUGUGUGGAAGAUUUGAUGUGGAGAAGUUUGGAUUCCAGCCACUACGAGAGAUAGUGUGUAGAUCCAAAAACCGUCUCAUGUAACAUUUAGUGAGAACAUGAAAACAAGUACAUAAACUCAGCAGCCAAACAGCAUUUAGUUAGAAUGAAAGACAUUUACCUUAUCAUACAAAUAACACAAGGACUGACUUCUUCACUGUAAUACAAGAACAAAGCUGUUUCCACAUGAUCGUCAUCUCAGCAGCUUUAGCCUCAGUAUUACAGUACAACACUAUUUAUGUAGCCAUCAAGUGCACCAUCAGUGACAGGUGUAGCAACAUGAGCUAACGAGAUCAGGGCUUGGUGAAUGGUCAAGUUUUACUUUGGAUCAACCAAUCAGCAGAGAUGUUUACGUCAUGUGUUCCUUUCAUCUUUGCGGUCUCAGCUUCCUGUUUUAUUCUGUAAAUGUUAACACACUUCUCUAAAACAAGGCAUGAAAUUCUUUGUAUAUUAUGUCUCCUGCAUUCCCUUCAUUCAUUCAUUCGUUCGCUCAUUCAUUCAUCUCCUCUGACCGUUGGUCUUGUCUGUUAUCCUCGGUGGGGGUGGGGGGUGGGGGGGGGCAGUUGUGCACACAGCACUCCAGUGGGUGUUUAUGUGUCAGUAACAUGCUGUUUACAUGUAUGUGUUGUGUCCACAUCAAUACACACAGUUUAAUUAGCAGUUUUAAUGUCAGUCUGGUUUCCUCCUCAUAUCAGACUAAUAUAAUCAGUGUAAACAUCACCUGAUUAAACACCUGAUUCAAGGUCAGAGAAAAUUGAUCCGGAUGAAGCAACCUGAUUAUGAAGUCAAUCGCUGUUGCUCCAGGAGUAAUGACGGGGAUAUCUUUCCUUAUGUUUAAGUAAACCACCUCUUCACUCUAAUAAUCCAGCAGCCUGUUAUGUGCAUGUGAAUGUGGCCACCGGUCCUCUUCAACUCCAAUAUGUGCCUCUAGAGAUUGACUGGUUGACAAGGUAUUUCUCUCUGUCACGCCAUUAAUGCCAUUUUCUUUCUACAACAUUGUAAUACAGUGCAAUGACUUGAUGAUCUUUUUGUACUCACUUGCAGUUGUACAGCAGUGACUAUUAUAUUUUUUGAAGCGUUUCAUUCCAUUUUAAUUAUUGGCAUGAAACUACUUAUAAAUAUUAUUAAAGCUCUCGUGGGUAAAGUGAACAUCUUCUCUUUUGGGAUGAAAUGUUUUGUUUGCUGUUGUGGCUCACAUGGGCCAAUAAUGUCAAAAUAAAUGUCCUUCAGUUGAA